UUUGGUGUUCCAGCAGGGAUUAACAGUGACAGAGGUCCAGCAUUCGUCUCUAAGAUAACCCAGAGUCUAGCUACAGUGUUAGGGUUCAGAUGGCAGUUGCACGUUCCCUAUCACCCACAGAGCUCAGGCCAGGUUGAGAGAAUGAACUUGACCAUAAAGGAGAAACUCACCAAGACAAUGUUGACCACAGGAUUGAAAUGGGUAGAUGCACUACCACUAGUCCUGUGUUCCAUCAGAAACACACCGAAUGCUACGACAGGGCUUAGCCCCCACGAAGUAUUGAUGGGAAGGGUAAUGUCCACAGGGUCCAGUCCCCCAGUGACACCCCAUAAGCUUACUCUGUUAUGGACAGAUGAUUACAUGACUAACUAUGUAAAAUAUUUGACCGACAUGUUGAGAAAGUUUCACAGACAGGUGGCUGACAGGCUCCCUCAACCUGGAGAGGAGCCAACCCACCCUUUUGAGAUUGGUGAUAAUGUGCUAAUCAAGUCUCUUGAAAAAGAUGCUCUGUCUCCCAGGUGGAAAGGUCCUUUCCAGGUGUUAAUAGUGACCAGAACAGCCCUAAAGGUUCAAGGCAGGACAGAGUGGAUCCACGCUUCUCGAUGCCGCCUGUCUCCUCCGCCGAUCAGAGGGGAGGGUCAGGGUGCUGGCGUGUGAUGAAUGUCCUCAUACUCCUUGGUCUGGGUCUACUAUACCUGGCCAAGGAAACCCCGCCAGAUGAGGCGGAACCAAUCCCGAUGACAGGUGGCGAGGGCUCUCGCCCCUCAGAAGGUGAAUAUAAGGUGCUCUUAUCCAAGGGCGCAGGCAGUUUGGCUAUCCAGGGCCCAGACCCUGAAGGCCAAACCACAUCAACGGGCACACCAUUGCCUAGCAACAAAAUCAGGUUGUUUCCCACCAUCACACAAACAUUUAGAAAAAGAGGGAGAAAAAAGAGGAAAGUGGGCCCCGAGAUAAGGCUACUCCCUCUCCCUGCUCUUGACAUUCCUAAAACAGGAUUACAGAAUAUUUCCUUUGAAUGUCCGACUACACACUGUAACUCACACGACUGUGUUGUUGUGUUUCCUGUGUUUUCAAGCAAAGGCUUAUGGGCGUGGAACGUCUAUCCAGAGACGGGGUACCAGCGGUUCCAGGUCUCGCAGCGGAUGAACGGAGGAGGGUUUCUACCCUCUCACGAUGUGGGCCACAGCGACUGUAACACCGUAAUAAAGGUCAAACUAACCAGAACUCCCCUCCCAGAGAGAGUUUACUUGGUCUGUGGAGACAGAGCCUACAGUUGCAUGCCUUAUGAUACUUUUGAUGGCACCUGUUAUCUAGCCUAUCUAAUCCCUUUGAUCCGUAAAGUAGAGACUGAUGAGAUUGCAGCAAUACUCCCCUCCCUACACAGAAAUCGUAGGACCAUCACAACAGGUCAGCAGCUGGCUAGCGCUGUCCUGCCCUGGUACGGCAUUUAUGUUUCCCAGCAGGAAAUCAUAGCUCUCUCCAAAAUAGUGGAAAACCACCUCAAUGUAUCCAACAGAGCCAUGUUGGCUGAACACAAAGAACUGCAGGAAGUUAGAACAGUGGCAUUACAGAAUCGCAUGGCACUGGAUCUUCUGCUAGCAGCACAGGGGGGCACGUGCAAGGUGAUUGGCUCUGAGUGUUGUUCUUUCAUCUCUGAUGCUACACCUGAGGUCAUGGAUAUAGCUCAUGAUACUGCUAGGGGAAUAAAAAAAUUGCACGAAACUCAUGGGUUUGCAUUUGGGGAUUUAUCUGGAAUAUUUGGGUCAUGGGGAGCGGGAUUGGGUAAACUUGCCAUUACCAUUUCACUGUUUAUCUUAGCUGUACUAAUCCUGAUAAUGUGCCUAGUCACUGUUGUUAAACUAGUCAUGCAAAAGGUUGUCAAAACCGCCCUCCAGGCCCCACAGACACUGGUGGGGUACGACACCAUUGAUGACACCGUGAUGAUGUACGACGUCGAGCUUCCCGACCCGUGGGUCUCUACCGUGGCACCCGAACCAUGGGUUCCCCCUUACAAUGAAUGGCCAAUGAAUUAA